AUGGUUUCAUCAAAUUUGAUUUGGUACCUUGUACCAGUAGCAUUACUGUGCAAUGCCGUACUAUCGGUGGAAAAUGGCACGGAAUGUGGUGGUGACGAACCCGGAAUCAAAUACGAACUGGUGCAGCAACUGAAACAGAUACAAUUCAGAUUUAUGGAGAUCUUUGUGCACAUCAAGGAACUUGGAGAGCUCGUGGUGAACAACCAACGAUCAAUCGAUCUCAAUCAGCAGCAAACCAACCAGCUGUUCCAGUUUCUAGGAAGCCAAGUUGCUGAAAAUGUUUCGCAGAUGGUGAGCUACUCCAAACAAAUCUUGGACCUCCAAACAAUUUGCGCCAACCAUGAUUCUAUCAGGAAGGAACUUCUCAAAACUGACCCAACCUUAAACAGUCGCUCCCUCCAAAACGCUCAGAAAUGCACGGAAAGCUCUUCUUUAGAAACUGACAAGGCUUCAGACGCGGUUAAAUCUUGUGACGAUACCGGCUCCACCUCAUCCGGGUUGUUCAACCUAACAGUUGCAAGCUUUGGUCCCGUGGUCGUAUUCUGCGAAAUUCUGAAAACCGGAGGCUGGAUAGUGAUCCAGCGUAGGUUCGAUGGAUCCGUUGAUUUCUACCGCAACUGGACCGACUACCGGAAUGGGUUCGGAAGCGUUGACAAAGAGCACUGGCUGGGCUUGGAAGUGAUUCAUCAAAUGACGAAGCAAGGCGGCUACGAGCUGAUGAUUGAGCUGGAAACGUACGACGGCAAUUACACGUAUGCUCAGUAUUCGGAGUUUGCGAUUGGCGGGGAAAGUGAGCAGUACGCUCUGCAGACACUUUCCGGGUACAGUGGCACUGCUGGGGAUCAACUGUCGCCACCUUAUGGAAUAAAGUUCAGCACAUUUGAUAGAGAUAAUGAUAACUAUGGUUAUAAUUGUGCUGAAUCUUGGAAAGGAGCUUGGUGGUAUAAUGCCUGCUCAUACACAAAUCUUAACGGGCAAUACAUGAACAACUCUUAUUAUACAUCAAUUUUCUGGAAAGGAAUAAAAGCUGGAAUUCAAUACACCCGAAUGAUGAUUAGACAAAAAGUAAGUUAUUUUUAAGUGAAAGUAUGGAUAUCCAUCAUUGUGACACUCUGUUCUAAAAAACAAUCGAUUGUAAAAUAAAUAAACG